CCAAGAGGAGGCGCCGAGCGAGGCCAGACGGGUGGCGCAGCGCUGGGCAAGGUGGCUGGGUCCAGGGUAGCGAGCGAAAUGAGCGAUCCGGAGAAAGGCAGCCGCGGGCAGCGGGAGCCACUCAAGAUCGAUGGUAAUUCCGGCAGCCUUGGGUUUUGUGGCUGGAUCCUGGUUAUAUUUUCAUUCCUACUCGUGGUUGUCACUGCUCCUAUUUCCAUUUGGUUCUGCAUAAAGAUUGUCAAGGAAUAUGAGAGAGCCAUCAUCUUUAGACUUGGACGUAUCCUAAAAGGAGGUGCAAAGGGGCCAGGGCUGUUUUUUGUCUUGCCUUGUACGGACAAUAUCAUCAAAGUGGACAUGAGGACCAUCUCAUUCGAUAUUCCACCGCAGGAAAUCCUCACCAAAGACUCCGUGACGGUCAACGUAGAUGGAGUAGUCUACUACCGAGUGCAGAACGCCACUCUCGCCGUAGCGAAUAUCACCAACGCUGACUCGGCUACUCGGCUGCUGGCUCAAACUACUCUCAGGAAUGUGCUCGGGACCAAGAACCUUUCCCAGAUCCUUUCCGACCGGGAAGAAAUUGCUCACAGCAUGCAGGCCACUUUGGACGAUGCCACGGACGACUGGGGCAUAAAAGUGGAACGGGUGGAAAUCAAGGAUGUGAAGUUACCAGUCCAGCUUCAAAGGGCCAUGGCGGCUGAAGCCGAAGCUACUCGAGAAGCCAGAGCAAAGGUCAUCGCUGCUGAGGGCGAAAUGAACGCUUCCCGGGCACUAAAGGAAGCCUCAAUUGUCAUUUCGGAGUCUCCCGCCGCCCUCCAGCUCCGCUACCUGCAAACUCUCACCACCAUUGCCGCCGAGAAGAAUUCUACCAUCGUCUUCCCCCUGCCUAUAGACAUGCUGCAAGGAAUUAUGGCAAUGAGACACUAGCAAAGACAGCCACGUUGGUGAAAGAGAGAAGGGCUCUUGGGUAGGGAAACUAGGUUAAAUGCAAAAGUCAGCGACGGCUAGGGGAGAAAUUACAACCAUGUAGAGUUUGUAAGUAUUUUGCAUCAGCUGGAUUCUCGGCGUUGUCCCUCUGAACAAAUAAUAGAAGUCCCAUUUUGCUUCUUCCCCCGUUUUAAAAAUUAUACAGAUUAACAGAGUUGGAAGGGACCUUGUAGGUCAUCUAGUCCAACCCCCCGCCCAAGCAGGAGACCAUUUCUGACAGAUGGCAGUCCGGUCUUUUCUUGAAAGCUUCCAGUGAUGAAGCUCCCACAACUUCUGAAGGCAACUUCUGUUCCACGGGUUGAUUGUUCUCACUGUCAGAAAAUUUCUCCUUAAUUCCAGGUUGAACCUCUCCUUUCAAAGAGAGAUUUCUUUUAUACACAUACAUAUAUAAUUUUUACUAAAGCUUUUUCAAAAAGGAAGACAAAACCGAAUACAAACUAACAUCAAGGAAGAAAAAGAAGAAAAGGAUCAAAGGCAAAGCUAACGAGCAAGAAAGGAAAAUCGAAAAGGAAGAAGAAAGAAAAGUUACCAAGAAGUAACUUCCAGUCUUCUUUUCAGCACUUAUUGCAAUUAUAAAUUCACCUCUUCCAUUUAGAAUUUACAAGAUAACUCUCUUCUUUCUGUAAAUCUGGCCCGUCCAAUCCUCAAAGCCAUAAAUUAAAUGUUUAUUGUUUUUCCUCCUUCGUGCAAAAAAGUCUAUAUGGGAAGGAGUUUAAGAGAGACUGUUUUUGAGUGCCUUCCAGCUCUUAAAUAUUUGGAGGGUGAGUGAAAUAAUUGUUUAGAGUCUGGCUUUUUGAAGAAUUAUUUUUUUUUUAAACAAAAAAAUAUUUUCUUCGUUUCUCUCUUGGGAAGACAGCUUCCCUUACAAGAAGUCAGAUCUUCCAUAGUGGCCCCGUUGCCAAGAGAUUGUAACAACGCACAGAUUGUAGUUACGGAGAUAAUGUGCUUGUUAGCGACAUGUUAUGUUCAGGUAACACACAAGCAUCUUCUUUCCAUGUAACCCGAUAUCUGGUUUUGCUAUGUACAUUUUUUUAAAAAAAAUAUAAAAACAAAGAGUUGCUUUUUAAACCGUCUUUAAAAAGAGGAACGUAUUUCAUUUCCUGGUUUUGAUUAUUUAUUUUUUUUCUCCCCCGGAAAAAUAAAACCAUAAAGAAGAUAAAUCUCAUGGCCAGAAAUGAGGCUGAUGCCUUUGAAUCUUUAGUUGAGCUUAAAUUUAUUGUUUCCUAAAAGCUAAAAAGCUCGACAUUUAUUUUAAGACGUCUGUGAUCAGCUGCCUGCAUGGUCAUGUAUCUACCUGAAAGGAAGCUUAAUUUAACAUUAUGGCCUCCUCCGGUGACUGUUGUUUCUAUUUCCACAUUCUCAGCAAGUUUAAAAUAAUUCCUCUGAAAGACCAAUAAACCCCAUAGGCUUCCUUUCAAGUGAGUAUAAUGUUUUUUGUGCUAAAUCUCAGCUUUUUUGCUAAUAUACUCUACCGCGCUGAUGUUUUAAGCCCCGUAUCUCUGUAUAUUUGCAUUGUGUAUUUUGUAAACUUGAGAUCUGAUUGAAAUCAGAACUAUAGGUAAUUGUGACUGAAUCAGCCUUGUGGUUAAUUGUAAUCAUCGCAUUCAGCAUUAUGUGUGUGUAAAGUUUUAAGAACAGGAAAACAGGUUAGAAAAAUCGUAGGUCUGUCAGAUGAACGCUUAAAGGCUUUUCAAUUGUCUGAACCAAGGAACCUGUGUUGAAAUAUUAUAUAUAUAUUAUAUAUAUAAUAUAUAACCAUAUUAUAAAUAUUGUAACAUUCUCCGAAAUUAAAGUGGGAUCCGGCCACUUUAAUUUCAUGGUUAAUUUUAAUUCAGCUUGCAAUGAUAGAGUUCAAAUGGAAGGUGUUUUCCCAAAGGGCAAAAACCCCCAAAAAAAACACACACCAAAGAAACUUUUCUUUAAGCCCGUUUACCAAAAGUGCUCUUAAUAUCGCGUACAAAAGGAAAAAAAAAUAUGGUCAGUGAAAACGUGUCUGAAUUCUAAAGUGUCCUUGUUUAUCAGCUGACGUUCCAAUAAAAAAAUUUUUUUCUUUUA